AUGUCUCUGCUGCUUUCACGUCAUCCAGCUCGUCGUCCGUUGUCUCCACGUACCGCAGAUGUGAGAUUCGCUGUCAUUCGUUUCCUCAGGUUGCGCAGCAGUGACUAUCGCCAGCUUGUGGAAACCUUCGGAUCGGAGCAGCUGCUGUCGCCGGCGGCGGCGGCGGCGGAGAAGGAGAAGGAGGAACGACCCAGCGCUCCGGCCUCGGCCAGGGUUCAGAGCGCGCGGGGCGACGCCAGCCCCAGCGCCCUGAAGGGCGACAGCAGCAGCGACGGCGGCGGCAGCAGCAGCAGCAGCAGCGGCAGCAACAGCGCGGCGGGGGUCGGCAGGGGACGAGGCCCCGCCGCCGGCGCCCCUCCGGGACCAGCGCCCGGCCCACGCGGCGGCGCUGCAACACCACGCCUCCGUCAGCCUCAGCGGCUCACAAUCCAGCCAAAGCCAAACAAUUGA